AUGACGGCCUCACACCUGGACUUUGGGGAAGUGGAAACUUUCCUGGACAGACACCCAGAGUUAUUUGAAGAUUACCUGAUGCGGAAGGGGAAGCAGGAGAUGGUGGAGAAGUGGCUGCAGAGACACAGUGAGAGUCAGGGGGCUGUAGGCCCGAGGCCCGCAGUGGCCAGCGCCAACAGCUUGGCUCACAGCGGUGGCAGACGCAGCGGCAGUGUUGGUGGUGGCCCUGGACCAAAUAGCUCUGCCAACAGCCAGCCCACUCUGGGUGGCGGGGACUGUGGUGGGGUUCCCCUGAGUCCCAGCUGGGCCAGUGGCAGCGGGGGCGACGGGAGCCUGCAGCGGAGAGCUUCUCAGAAAGAGCUAAGGAAGAGUUUUGCUCGCUCCAAAGCCAUCCACGUGAACAGGACCUACGAUGAACAGGUGACCUCCCGGGCCCAGGAGCCCCUGAGCAGUGUGCGGCGGAGGGCACUUCUCCGGAAGGCCAGCUCCCUGCCCCCCACCACAGCCCACAUUCUCAGUGCCCUGCUGGAAUCCAGGGUGAAUCUGCCUCAGUACCCCCCUACGGCCAUGGACUACAAGUGCCACCUCAAAAAGCAUAAUGAGCGUCAGUUCUUCCUGGAACUGGUCAAGGAUAUCUCCAAUGACCUUGACCUUACCAGCCUGAGCUACAAGAUCCUCAUCUUCGUCUGCCUCAUGGUGGACGCUGACCGCUGCUCUCUCUUCCUGGUGGAAGGGGCAGCUGCUGGCAAGAAGAGCUUGGUCUCCAAAUUCUUUGAUGUGCAUGCAGGAACCCCACUGCUGCCCUGCAGCAGCACAGAGAACUCAAACGAAGUGCAGGUCCCCUGGGGCAAAGGCAUUAUUGGCUAUGUCGGGGAGCAUGGAGAAACGGUCAACAUUCCUGAUGCCUACCAGGAUCGAAGAUUCAAUGAUGAAAUUGAUAAACUAACUGGAUACAAGACAAAAUCACUCUUGUGCAUGCCUAUCCGAAGCAGUGAUGGUGAGAUUAUUGGUGUGGCCCAGGCGAUAAAUAAGAUUCCUGAAGGUGCUCCAUUUACAGAAGAUGAUGAAAAAGUUAUGCAGAUGUAUCUUCCAUUUUGUGGAAUUGCCAUAUCUAAUGCUCAGCUAUUUGCUGCCUCAAGGAAAGAGUAUGAAAGAAGCAGGGCUUUGCUAGAGGUUGUUAAUGACCUAUUUGAAGAACAGACUGACCUGGAGAAAAUUGUCAAGAAAAUAAUGCAUCGGGCCCAAACUCUGUUGAAAUGUGAACGCUGUUCUGUUUUACUCCUGGAGGACAUUGAAUCACCAGUGGUGAAGUUUACCAAAUCCUUUGAACUGAUGUCCCCAAAGUGCAGCGCUGAUGCUGAGAACAGUUUCAAAGAGAGCAUGGAGAAAUCCUCAUAUUCCGACUGGCUUAUAAAUAACAGUGUUGCCGAGCUAGUGGCUUCCACAGGCCUCCCGGUGAACAUCAGCGAUGCCUACCAGGAUCCUCGCUUUGAUGCCGAGGCUGACCAGAUAUCUGGUUUUCACAUAAGAUCUGUUCUCUGUGUCCCUAUUUGGAAUAGCAACCACCAAAUAAUUGGAGUGGCUCAGGUGUUAAAUAGACUUGAUGGGAAAGCUUUUGAUGACGCAGAUCAACGACUUUUUGAGGCUUUUGUCAUCUUCUGUGGCCUUGGCAUCAACAACACAAUUAUGUACGAUCAAGUGAAGAAGUCCUGGGCCAAACAGUCUGUGGCUCUUGAUGUGCUGUCAUACCAUGCAACAUGUUCAAAAGCUGAAGUUGACAAGUUUAAGGCAGCCAACAUCCCUCUGGUGUCAGAACUUGCCAUCGAUGACAUACAUUUUGAUGACUUUUCUCUUGAUGUUGACGCCAUGAUCACAGCUGCCCUGCGGAUGUUCAUGGAGCUGGGGAUGGUACAGAAAUUUAAAAUUGACUAUGAGACACUAUGUAGGUGGCUCUUGACAGUGAGGAAAAAUUAUCGAAUGGUUCUGUACCACAACUGGAGACACGCCUUCAAUGUGUGCCAGCUGAUGUUUGCAAUGUUAACAACCGCAGGGUUUCAAGAGAUUCUGACCGAGGUGGAAAUUUUAGCAGUGAUUGUGGGAUGCCUGUGUCAUGACCUCGACCACAGGGGAACCAACAAUGCCUUCCAAGCUAAGAGCGGCUCUGCCCUGGCCCAACUGUAUGGAACUUCUGCUACCCUGGAGCAUCACCAUUUUAACCAUGCUGUGAUGAUCCUUCAAAGUGAGGGUCACAACAUCUUUGCUAAUUUGUCCUCCAAGGAAUAUAGUGACCUUAUGCAGCUUUUGAAGCAGUCAAUAUUAGCAACAGACCUCACGCUGUACUUUGAGAGGAGAACUGAAUUCUUUGAACUUGUCGGUAAAGGAGAAUAUGAUUGGAACAUCAAAAACCAUCGUGAUAUAUUUCGAUCAAUGUUAAUGACAGCCUGUGACCUUGGAGCCGUGACCAAACCAUGGGAGAUCUCGAGACAGGUGGCUGAACUUGUAACCAGUGAGUUCUUUGAACAAGGAGAUCGGGAGAGAUCAGAACUCAAACUCACUCCUUCAGCUAUCUUUGACCGGAACCGGAAAGAUGAACUGCCUCGGUUACAAUUGGAGUGGAUUGAUAGCAUCUGUAUGCCUUUGUAUCAGGCGUUGGUGAAGGUCAACGUGAAACUGAAGCCCAUGCUGGACUCGGUGGCAGCGAACAGAAGUAAGUGGGAAGAGCUGCACCAGAAAAGGCUGCUGGUGCCGGCCGCCUCACCCUCGUCUGCCAGCGUCGUGGCCGCUGGGGAAGACAGAAACUAACCCUCCAGCUUAGCUGCCGCUGCAAAAUGACUGCAUCCUGAAGGGCCAGCUUCGGGCCAGCCCACGUCAUCCUUUUGUUCCUUUAAGCUCUGGCAGAGUCUCUUGGUUUGCACCGGGAAGCACGCCUGGGCUUCCACCUUUAAGUGUGGUCCGCGGAGGAGAGUGCGACGGGAAGGACAGAGGAGGUGGGGAGGGAGCCCGGCCCGGGACGCUCAGCUUCCCCACGAGCACACGAGCACACGUGGGGGAGGUGCUGGGCAGAGGACCCCGCACCUGGCAGAGGACAGCCGGCCCUGCUCAUGCCGAGCCCAGUGGCCGACGGAGCCCAGAGCAGGGAACGCGCCAUUAGCGCUGCUUCACUUUGUAUCCAGCUCUUCUAUUUGUUACAAGCCAAGCAAUGCCUGCCUUUGCAUCCUCUCCUGAGUGCCCUUUUGUGCCACACUGUUCCAAGAAGCCCAGUUUGUAUCCUGUAGAGGUAUUUUAUUUUUAUCCUAAAGCUUCUUAAUGAUGGAUUAGAGCCUUUAGAAUUGCCUACCUAAAAAAUAAACCAUAGCAUCCUUACCAAUACUGGUCAGUCCUAGUUUUCCCCUAAAAAGGCCCAUAGUAGGAAGAUAACAAAUGCGUUUGUUUGUGUGACUGGUAUUUAUACACGAUUGGUAACACUGCAUUGGGAUUGCGGCCCCCUUUUCCACUUUUUUAAAAUUCACCCUUUGUUGUAGACCAAGUCUUCUCCCAGAAGGAAUGGAUUAAUAGGCUUUAAUUAAAGGAGGGAUGAAAGGAAGUCCACAGCUGGAUUCACCGCAAGUGACCCAUGAACACUUAGGAACUAUUUCCAAUCGCGAAGACAUUUUACAGGCCACAGCAGAGCCGCGGAGAAUAAUCACAGACUACCUUGAGUUCUCUUAGGGAUUGGUUUUUAUACACCAUUGAAAGCUCCUACUGAUACCAACCCAAAGCCAAAUGUGGUGGUUGCCAAUUUUUUUAUUUUUCCUUAAGUAUAAGAAAGAAAUAACAGUCUGGCCAGGGGACAAAUAUGCUCUAGGAGGCUAGGUUUAUAAUAAUAAACUGUAUUAAAUCGAUGCAAUGACUAGAAAACUGCUUUGCUCCCCAUUUGACCUGAGAGAUUGAGGACCUGGUUUGACUUGUCCAAAGAAUGCUGGACUAGAAGCUAGACCUACGACUCUGGCUUUGGCACCAGUUAUGGGGUGACUUUGGACAAAACACCUAACUUGUCCAGCCUGUUUCCUCAGUUGCUGAAUGAGAUUACAUUAGGAAGUGAUUUGCAAACAUGUUUAACCUUAGAACUCUUUGUUCAAAUAAAUCUUACAAGGAAUCUCUGAGAUAUAAAACAUCUAAGAGCCGAAAUUCUCGGUUUGAAGCCAGGUUGGGAGACCCAGAACCUGCAAAUUCUCCUCUUUGGUUACAGACAUGGUGGUCCGUAAAGGAGCUCCGAGGAGUUGGACAUCCCUGGACUAGAUGAAUGGUGAAGUCCAUUCCAGCUCUGAAAAAUCUAAAGUUCACAAAUCAUUUUUGUUCUUAUGGUUACUAGUCAGUAUCAGUUAUUAACUUGACUACUCAAAUAUUAAGGAAAUAGGGGCCAAGUUACACAAGGAGUAUUAUUUCCCUGGCACAUAGUAGACAGUCCAAAAAUGUUUUAAGAAUGGGUAAAUGAAAGGGGCACCUGG